GGGCCGGGAGAGCCGCAGCGCGCGGGGCGCGGCGUGCCUGCGGCUGGGCGUCCGCGCGGGGGAGAUGAAUUGGAGUCACACGACUGGCUGUUUCCUUCCGAGGGCUUUUGGUCAGCAGUCCAUUAGGGUAUCGUGACAACUUUUUUUUCUGGCUAAAAGGAUGAAAACUGAGUAAGUACAUAGAACUUUGAACUUGACGCGGAAUGAAACCAGUACAAGCAGAACCCUAACAGUCACCACGUCCAUUCACACCGGGCAUUCCCUUUUCAUGCUAAAAGCCGUGGACGCUUACGGGACAGCGGCAAUUUAAAACUGGAGGAAGGGAAGCAGCGAAGAAACACGAAAGGCUGAAAGCAGGACUGCUCUGAACCCGGAGAAGAAAUGAGGAAGCGCUGAGGCGAGUUGGCCUGCAUCCCGCGGGGCGACAGGCACUUUUGGUUUUAGCCUAUUGCGCUUUUCAGUGCUGUUUCCAGGCUCCAGAUUGACUUUGGGGUUGUUUUCUUUUUCUCCUGUGAAGUCUUUGCUGUGAGUUUAAGGAUGUUGUGGAAAUAAGGCAUUACCGGAAGCAACAGUCUGGCAGCCUGGGGUACGCUCAGCUUAUUAGUUACAACUAUUAUUAUUUGGAUGUCUUUUUUUUUUUUUUUUUUUCUUAACCCAGGCUAGCCACUUUUCACUGUCAUCCAUGGAAGGGAUCUUAUUAACCGCUUCACACUUUCGGGACCUAUGAUUCUUUGGCAUGAACCCUUCGGAAAGUUCUUCAGCGGGGAUGGAGCGAUCUUGAUUUCAGUUGUGGAUAAAGAAGGCUGAUCUGUAUUUUUCAUGCUGACAAAAAAUAGCUGCUAUGACUUUUUUGACAACGUGGACAGGGGCCAAGUGAAGCUGAACUGGUCAUGGUCUGUCGUCCAGUGUUCCCUUGUCGUCGGCGACUUUGUCCCCGGCCCUUCUUGGUGGGCUUGGUGGUGGCAAUCUGUCUCUUCUACCAGACCCUGACACUCCGAGGGUCGAGGAAGCUCACAGCCGCUGGCCCUGGGGCUGACCCGAACACACCCCCCGAAACCCAGACAAGCAGAUGCGAGAAGGGAUUCUCCCCGGACAAACCGUGCUUCCUUCCCUCCGGUAAUGCACAGGAAAUCGGAAAGAUGGAGAAAUCAGUAGAGACACACUUUGGCAGCCAUGACAGAAGGGCCAUACUCUACAGGCCUCCUUCCUUCAGCAAAACAGAGCUUCAGCUCCACCAGCACCUUCUCACUCAGCAUCGCUAUACGGUUGUCAUCGCUGAAGAAAGGAUCGGUGCUGGCCUUGGGCUAGGGCUGCUAGAAAAAGGUGAUUUGGGCUCUUGGGAUCUGCUCAUUUGCCUGUCUUCUAGGGAAGCUGGUGGAAAACCUUGCAUAUCCAAGGAAGACAUGUGCCAUUUAGGUUUACAUCAAAAGGUAAACAUAUUGCCAGAUAUACAGCAUCAGCUUUGCAGAAAAGAAGGAUUAUGUCAAAUAAUUAGAAGAUUUCCAGAAUUGCGACUUCUGGUGAGCCCCUCUGUGUGUCUGGAUCAGAGCACACAGUUAAAGCUGAGCACUUCGAGUCAUCUUUUAAAAACAGUGAAGCCAUAUAUGUGGAAACCAUGGGACUGGCGACGCGAACAGCUGAAUCAAACAACAGUCCUUGCUCGACAAACAAUCUUCAGAGCUGAAGAACUAUCUGUGAUUCUUAAAGCAUAUGUGUUGGUGACAUCCUUAACACCUUUGCGUGCAUUCAUUCAUUCAACUGGCACAGUUUGGAAUCCACCAAAGAAAAAACGCUUCACUGUCAAGCUGCAAACAUUUUUUGAGACAUUCCUGACAGCCAGUUCACCUCUUCAGGCUUUUGAUAAUAUGAAAGAAGCAAUUAGCAAACUCUUGCUAGCAGCUGAAUUAUUCAGCGAAACGUCUACUCUGGGACCAAAGGCCUUCAAUAGAUGCAGAUUAUGUUUUCAACUUUUCACUUUUGAUAUUGGCUACUACAGUUUUGGGUACCCCGUAGUGCUCCAGGUGCAUGAUCAUUUAAAUUUUCAAGAUGAUGAUAAUAUGGAUUUUGAGGACCAAAAUACAGAAGAAUUCCUUUUACAAGAUACUUUCAAUUUUCUCUUCUCUAAUGAAUCUUCACUUCCAAUGUUUUCUGAGAUAUUUCAGGGACUUCAUAGAUCAGGUAUUUUUAAGGGUGAAAACUAUCAGAAGGAACAAAACCAAUGCCUGUCUUUAGAGGAGAUGAAUUCAAUUAUGACUUUCACAAAGGAACUUGGGAACUUGGGGCAAUUCCAACUGCUCUUCCCAUCUACUACUCCUGGGAUUCGAUCUUUGAUGCAUGAAUUUUAUGAUAGGGCAAAUCCUGUGGGACGACCUGCUUCAAUCCUGACUCAAGGCUGGUCUCUUAUAAAUGUAUUGGAACAGUUUCAGCUCCUGAAUAAAAAGGCUCAGCUACACCCACUGGAAUGGCAUUCUUUCACAGAGGAUGAGAACAUUGAAAAACCACAAGUGCCAUUUGAUGCAACGAGAAAUAAAAAAGCUGCUGUUCCACGAAUCAUGAAUGAAACCAAAGAAGUUCAUUGCAGUAAUGAUGACACACAAUGUUAUAUCAAGCAGAUCCUCACACAUCCACAUGUGGAGCUAAAUCCUGAAUUUAACCCAAAGAUCAAAGAUUAUUACUCUGAAGUCCCAUUUGAUGUGGUCACAGUGACAAUUGGAGCGGAGACUUCUAAGUGUCAGUGCAAGGUGUACCUGCAUGAUCGGGCAGGACCAAGCUUUGCCAACUACCCUCUGGGUUUGGGAAUGAACAAAAUCUCAAUGCUGGUGGUGGAUGAAUCUCCAGCACAGGGGGCGACCCUGAGCACAUAUAAACUCACCAUCUACAGAGAAGACCGUCCAAGUCUGCCCUUGUUUGAAGACUUCACAGCAUGCGGUUUUGUGCAGGAUUGUGGUUUGCUGAUUCACCCAGAGGAAACCUGUGGGUUACAGCCUAUUUCCUCUGACUACAUUGAAGCCAUUUCACAGCCCGAACUAAAGAUCUGUCCAUCUGGGGACACAACAGGCCAAUGGAUUGUGCCUUGCCUUAGCUGUUCAGACAACAGGACCUGUGACUGGAGGGAAAUAACUUGGCAGCCCCACGACUGCCAAUAUGGUGUUCUUACUAAGCCCCAACUCCAGCAGUGCCUGGGAGGAAGGAAGAUUCUUUUCAUCGGAGAUUCAACCAACAGAGGAAUAAUGUACUAUCUGAUUGAAAGACUAAAUGAAACCCUGCAGGAAUGGCAGAAGGUGCACGGCAUGAAAUUCUAUCACAACAUCAACGGUGGGAAGACUUUGAUCAGUUAUUCCUACUAUCCUCAGUUCUGGAUAAGCCCUUCCUUGAGACCAACGUUUGAGAAAGCACUCGAACAUCUCUUGCAAAGAUCCCGUCCCCUGGAGAACACGGGCCGGACGGUAUUGGUCGUCGGUGGUGUUCAGUGGCUCAAUUCUAAUCACCUACAAAUUAUUCACAAGGUUUUGAAGAGGGAAAAUUUACUCAAUAUCCUUGUGAUCAUCAAAACUUUGGGAAUUGGAUUUCAUCUCCCAGUGGAUGGAUUGCAUUUCUUGACACAGAGUGAAGUUCAGAACUUAUGGAAAGAAAAUGUGAUUAUUCUGGAUGCUGCAAAAACAUAUGGCUAUGAAGUGGUUGACACAUUUACUAUAACAAUGGGGCGAUACAAGGAGUUUUUGCAGGGGACAUGUGGAUGCCAUUUUCAUGAGGUAGUGAAAUCAAAGCUAUCCAAAGAAUAUCCCUUUAUUAAAAUGAAACAAUCAGGAAAUCAUAUUGUGGGGAAAUAUUUCAGCAAUCAAAGCAAACUACAACGACGACGACAAGACUCUGUAACAAAGUUUCAAUCACCGUAUCAUGUCAGAGGUCCAAUUAAUCAGGUUUGCUCUGAAAUCCUUCUCAGCAGGAUGUGUACGAGUAAAAGAACUGUGUAGACUCCCUGCAGGAGGACUGGACUUGGAACUGGAGGCAAGCCACUCACUCACCUGGACAGCAGUCUAAGAACCAAAUCCUGUACAUCACGUGUAUUUGGAUUGACCGCACACUCAUGCAACCUGGCACACACACAUACGCACCAAUGCACACGUGGCUAAAAAACGUAAUAAUAAUACUUGUUUCCUACAGCUUCAUAAGUCCAAGGUGUGCACUUGAAAAUCAUUUGUUUUCAAGGGGAAAGCUAGAGCUAGAAAAAGGUUACGUGGAGUACAAUGGUAAAUUAGAACCACUGUGGGCUAGGUAUUGCAUUGUGAUAAUAAGGAGAAAUAUAGACACUUGAAUUAUGUGGACAAAAAGGGUAAAGCUCUUGAGUAUUGCAUUAUCUUUUCUCUCGGUACAUUAAUACUGAAAAGGAGAAAAAAGCAGUUACAUUCCACUUGCAAGUAGGAAUUGUGUUUGUGUCCUUUACCAGGAGAAAAAAAUGAUGUUUAUGAUGGCUUAGGCUUUGUGAAUCUAAUGCUUAGGAAAAUAUUUCUUCCUAUACUUCUUAAAUUUUACAGUUGAAAGGAAAAGAACAGGAAUGCUCCAUGGGGAAUUCAAAAUGAUUCUAUGCAAGAGAUAGGAAGUGUAAUAUUUUACAGUUAAAACACCAAUGCAUUUAAUUUUGCACUCUUUGUACUUUUCAUAAACAUUCCCUCCUACCCUGUCUGUGAACUUGGAUGGGUAACUGCAGUCUAAGUUGAUAAAAUAUGUAAUUUUAAAGUGUAUUAUUUUAUUAUGUUUUACUGAUGAUAUUACUUAAGAAAGCUUUUGUUUGCCGUUAGAACCCUGUGUAAUUCAAGAUUACAUUUUAUGUAAAUAUUUUCAAAGGAUUAGCCAUUUGCAAGGGCGUAGGUGUUUAUUUUCAUACAGCAUUUGUAUAUGUCCAGAAAUAUUAUGUUACUAGUAACCAUAUUUUGAUUUAUCAAAUACAAAUUUAGAGUAAGCAUAAAAUUACUUUUUUAUUAAAACUGUGGCAUACAUAUACAACAUCCAAUUCUAGUAUUGAGAACUUUCUCUUCUCUAUGUUAAUUUCAAAAUAGUGAAUUUCUUUAUUUUACAAGUGCUUUGUUUUGAGCUAUCCCACAGUUAAAAUUGGUUUUUAAAGGAUUGUUUUUCUUUUUGGGGGAAAAAAAACCUGAGGGGGUUAUUCAAUCCAGGUUUGAAAUUACAAAAUGUACAAAUACCUCAAUUUCAUUACCACACCAAAAAAAGACUAUUUUGAUCGAUCAGUUCCUUAGUAUGAAUAUCCACCUCUUUAAAUACUCUAUUUUUAUAUAUUUUUUUAUAUGGAAGUAAACGUGAAUUUAUAUUUAACUGUCUUAAAUUAUAUUUAAGCACAACUAUCACUUGAUAUAAACAAUACAUAUCUGCCUUUGACAGAGGAUAGAUUUUUUUUUAAUGGUACAGAAUUGCCCUUUAAAAUGAAAGAUUUUUCUAAUAUCUGCAACUAUAGGCAAGCACCAUUUUUAGGUCUUCGAUUUUUUUUGAUGAUAUAAAUUUUGCCAAUUCGUGCAGGCUCUCCAUUGUGUUUUAAUGUAUUACAUACUCUAUAACAGGAUUAUAGUCUGUGGAUGUUUCUUGUAAUUUACUGUCAACCUAACUAGAAUAACCGUCUGACUGAGGUUAGUCUGGCAUUUACCUCUUCACUGUUGAAAUAAUAGUAGAUUUUAGGAACAAGUGUAAUAAUACUAUUAAUAAAUGUCUUACUGGUAA